GAGCAUAUGCCAAGGGCCUGGCACUGCCACUUCCCUGGGCGGGCGAGUCCCAGCAGUGGGCAGAUAGGUGGGGCCGACCCAACAGGUUCCAGAGGCCAGGGGCAAUGGGGUGGAGCCUGGGUCUGACUUAGGGUAGCAGCAGGUUGGGGAUCCUGCCCCACAUACUGGGCGGGCGGGCAGAAGGCUGUUUUGCUGGUAUCUUCUUCCUGCUACAGCCAGCCUGGGGUGCAGGCCAUGGCGCCUGCUGGCAGGUGAGCAGCCAGGUGGGCAGGCAUGUUUAGAAGCCUAAGGCCUGGGGGCUUGGGAGCCCAGGGCAUGGCGGGACCCCUGCGGGGCCGGGUGGAGGAGCUCAAGCUGCCUUGGUGGCGAGAGGCCUCACCACUUGUGCUACGGCACAGCGAAGCCGCCCGGCUGGCAGCCGAUGCCCUCCUGGAGCGGGGUGAGGCUGCCUACCUGCGGGUCGUCUCUGAGGAGCGGGAGCUGCCCUUCCUGAGUGCCCUGGAUGUGCACUACAUGACCAGCCAUGUGCGUGGGGGCCCUGAGCUCAGCGAGACCCAGGGGCCGGAGGCCGCAGGGCCUGACCACCUCAGCCUGCUCUCCGAAGUCACCUCGGGCACGUACUUCCCCAUGGCCUCUGAUGUAGACCCCCCGGACCUGGACCUGGGCUGGCCCGAAGUUCCACAGGCCACAGGCUUCGCCCCUACCCAGGCUGUCGUCCACUUCCAGCGGGACAAGGCCAAGAACAUCAAGGACCUGCUACGCUUCCUCUUCAGCCAGGCCCGCACGGCGAUAGCUGUGGUGAUGGACAUAUUCACUGACAUGGAGCUUCUGUGUGAUCUCAUGGAGGCUUCGAGCCGGCGUGGUGUUCCUGUCUACCUGCUCCUGGCACAGGAAUACCUGAGGCACUUUCUGGAGAUGUGCUACAAAAUGGACCUCAAUGGUGGACACCUGCCGAACGUGCGUGUGCGGAGCACAUGUGGGGAUACAUACUGCAGCAAGGCAGGCCGCCGCUUCACCGGGCAGGCACUGGAGAAGUUUGUCAUCAUCGACUGUGAGCAGGUAGUUGUGGGCAGCUACAGCUUCACCUGGCUGUGCAGCCAGGCUCACACGAGCAUGGUGCUGCAGCUGAGGGGCCGCAUCGUGGAAGACUUCGACAGGGAGUUCCGCUGUCUCUAUGCUGAGUCUCGGCCUGUGGAGGGCUUCUGCAGUGGUGAGAAGCCGUCGCCACGGGCACCACGCCCUCCUCCGGUGGCCCUGGGCUUUGGGCCUGGCAUCCCAAGCCCCACCUCCUCCUCACCCUCCAGUGCUAGCCUCAGCAGCGUCAAGCACUCUCCUCUGACGGGCCGCUCCUCCUACCUCGCUCUACCAGGAGGCUGCAGUGAUGAGGGUAUGGAGUCCUCAUCCCCAGGUCCUGCCUGCCGUGAGGCCAAUGGCCAGACCCCCUUGCAAUGCCAGCUGUCAGACCCUAAUCACGGUUCCUCUCCUGGACUCUACCUAGGCAACCUGGGCAAGCUGGGAGCAUCUGCAUGGUCCCAGGCCUUCCCUGCCCUCAACCACCAUAGCGCCAGCCCCCUGGCCCUGGCUGUGGGCUCACCUCUGCUUCCCCACCCACGCCUCUUCUUCCCCUUCCCCCGGGGUGGCCUAGGCCUGUCCCGGCUCCAAGAGAACGGGGUCCCAGGAAGCCAGGGGCCUAGCCCUCCACGAGGUCGCCGAGUACCUGGCCCAGCCCUGGAGACAGUGGAUGAGACGAAGGCAUAUCUGAGUCAAAGCCAUGGUCAGCUGGACCUCCUGGUCCCCUUCCCCAGAGCCCGAGAAGCAGGAGGCCCUGACUCUGGGGUUACCCUCAGCUCAGACUCACUUCGGCCUGGUGAGCAAGCCCCAGAGGACAGGAGGUUGGCCCCAAGCCAGAGCUACAACCAACUGGACCUCCUGCCCCAGGCCCAGGGUGCUGGAAGGACCCCUGAGUCAGGCUCCCCAAGAACUGGUGAUCGGGUCUCAGAAGACAGAAGGCUGUCCCCGGGCCACAGCCAGACCCAGUUGGACAUCUUGGCGCAGUUCUCCAAGGCCUGGGGCUCCAAAGUGCCCCCUGAAGCCAGCUCCCCAGUCAGGCCCAGCAAGCAGGGCCCAGAUGAGCGGCGGCAGACUCUAGGUCACAGUCAGCUGGACCUCAUCACAAAGUUUGGCCCAUUCUGGGGAGAGGGACCCGGGCCCAAUGGUCUCCCUGAUCUGAGCCCUAUUCGCCAGCCUGGAGUGGGCUCUGGGGACGAGAAGCGGCUGACCCUGGGCCACAGCAAGCUGGACCUCAUCACCAAAUAUCACCAAUUGCAGGGCACCAGGCAGGGGCCUGAGCCUGGCCUGCCCGUAGGUUCCACAGGUGGCCAUCGCAAUGGUGGUAGCAAUGACCUGUAUGGAGAUGAGAAGCGGCUGACCCUGGGCCACAGCAAACUGGACCUCAUCACCAAAUACAACAAGCCCAAGUUCAAGGUGCUCCGAAGCCGCUUUGAGUCCUAGCCGCACUCCCUUCACGGUCAGGUCUCUCCUCCACCCAUGGAGACUCUGGACUUGCUCAGGUCCUAGACUCUGAGCAGGGGCUGCAUGGGGAGGGAAGUGUCUAGGAGCUCAGGUCAGAUACUACCUGGGCUUACUUAUACACACAUACACACACACACACACACACACACACACACGGAAAUGGAACCCACUUGUCAGACACUGUGUUGGGUAUUCACACCAGUUACCUCUUCUCAUCUUCAUCCUUUCAACACCCUCUGUAUAAGUAUUAUCAUCCCUAUUUUAUAAAUGUGGAAGCUGAGGCCCAGAGAGUUUGGAUGACUUGUUUGGAGUCAGAUCCAAGUAAAUGUCUCUGCCUGACUCUAAAGAUGAUGUUUUUUGCAGACAGGACUCACAAUAACCAUACUUCACGUGUCCCGUGCACAGAAAAUAUACAUAUCACAGAAAUGCUCUAAAUGCUUGCACAAUACACACAGGCAUGCCAACAGGGUGUGCACUCACACACUGCACACCCACAGACACACACAACCAGUAAGCACACACAGAUCCAUGAGAUAAACCAAAACACUUAGAAUUCUAGUCGUAGGCACUCAAUAAAUGUCACUUGACAAAAUGAAUAGCUACACAAAAUACAUGCAUUCAGUGCGUGCUGUAGACCCCCUCAGGGUCCACAGACCGUAAUUAUGCACACAGGCACAUGUACACACAUGCCAACCAAUAUCUUCUUGAGCCUGAGCUGUGUACCCAGCCCUGGGCUGAGCAUGCCAUAGAGCUGAGGAAUGAGUCAGACUCAGUCCCUGGGAGACAAGGAUUAAAUGCACAGGAGGGCUGGGUGGAGACAAGGGGCUCCAAGCCCCCUCUGCCCUCACCGUGACAUUCUGAGAGACGGUAGGCUUUUGUAGAUUCUACAAAACAUGGGUCAGGUACUCCUCUCCAAGAGAGCAGAGCCAGGCCCCUGUCCUUGAGCCUCUCAAGGUGGACCUUGGUCAGCACCAUUUAUCCAGGGGACUGAAACCCACAGGGGACUGAAGAUGGCUGCUAAAUGACUGACCAAGUACGUAGGAGAGGCACAUGUGGAAACCGAUCAGCCGCCACACCCUGGUCCACCCUGGGCCCCUCCCUACCAACUUUCCCUAAAACCCUGCUUUAUCCACCUUCUCCCCCCUCUCCAAUAUCUGCUUUGGUCUGGUUCCCUUUUAUUUGGCUGCAUCUCCUUUUCCAGCCUCUGUCCUGGUUGUCUACAUCUCCCUAAAGAACACCCUUUCCCUGGGUGACCUCAUCCAUCCCAGGCUUCAAACCUAAAUCUCAUUCCUCAGCUCUUAACUCUCCCUUUGCUCCAGAGAAGGCCAUCUUCCUACUUCGUGGAUGUCUGUCCCGCACUCAGGGCCAAAUUAAGGCAUGUGAAGGCCCUAAACACUGAUAAUCUGUGGUACACUCUCCUCUGCUUACUCAUACAUUUGAACAGGAUAUGUGAGUUAUAUGUACAUGCAUAAGGGAAACCCUGGUGGUGUAGCGGUUAAGUGCUAUGGCUGCUAACCAAAAGGCCAGCAGUUCAAAUCCACCAGGUGCUCCUUGGAAGCUCUAUCGGGCAGUCCUACUCUGUCCUGUAGGGUCACUAUGAGUCUGAAUCAACUGAUGGCAACAGGUUUAGUUUUUAGGUUUUUGUAUCUGUGUGUGUAUGUCUUAGCUAUCCAUGAAGUAAGUUCUUUUUAAAUGGGACUAUAAUUUUUUUUUUUUUUUUAAUAUUAGUGAUUGAACGCAAAAGUGACAUAUGCCUUUUAGCGGAAUGAGAUGAACUAGAUCAUAAAAUUUUUAGUGGAUGUGGGAUACUAAGAUUUUUACUAUAUACCACAUUUUUUACAAAAAGAAUAUUCCAUAUAUUCUACAACAAAGAAAAGUGAGUCAGUGAAUUUAGUUGUUUCAUCAAUGUAAAAUUCUGUGGAUCUCCCACAACAAAAAAUUGACUUUCACUAAUUUUGCUUUAAAUGGCUCAUCCAUCAGUUUUGAUGCUUGUUUCAUAAUAAAUGCUAUAAUUAUAAAUGAACAAAUGAAAAGAUGUCAUAAAAGGAAAUUUAAUAAUCAGAAAACAAAUAUUAUAACAAUAUGUUUUAUUUUGAGAUAGAUCUUUCAUCUCUAACAUGUUAUGAUUAAAAACAUUUCUUUCUAUUCUUUGCUCUUACAAAUUCUUCAAUGAUUUUCUCACAAUUAAGCUGCUAAAAAAAUCUACUUCCAUACAGAAUAAGGACGGUGAGUUUAGUCUUUCUUGACUCACCGUUGUACACUGAGGGUUUCCGAGUUUCGUUAGGAACGAAAAUGAGCAUUCUGUUGUGCAGUUUGUGAUCAUUAAAGUUAGGAAUAUGUGUAAAGCAAUGGCAACAUUGAGAAAUACGCAUUGUAUUUUAUCUUCUAUUAUGGAAUCACACAUGCCUACAUGAGAAAAAAAUUGUCUUUCCUGAAUAUAAAUUUAGUUCUCGUUUAAGAAUGAAACUGUCACACUUCUCUGUAAAGGUUUGUAUUUAAGUUAUCAGGAUAAACCUGCACUAAUUUCUGGGAUGCCUUCAUGCAUUCUUUAUCAGGUAUAUCCACAUUUUUUAAGAAGGAAAAUCUAUUUGAUAGAACUUCAUACACUUUUGCCCUUCUUUUCAUGCAGGAUUCAAGUAUGUCAAUGAUAAUGUAGCACGUGGUUAGGCCAAAUUGAUCUCUGGUACUCAAUACUUCUGAAGCACUUCCAACAUUUACUUGUUUCUUUCUAAUUCUUCUGCCAUGACGAACUGCUUGAUAAUCAGUACUUGGUAGUGUUUGUUUUGUUGUGUUUUCAGAAUUUUCAAAAUCUUCUCUUCAAUUAUGUAAAUACCCUGUUAAUGACUGGUAGAAAUCCACGCAUGUCUUCAAAUUUAUUUCUGAAUCUUGGAGAACUUGACUUGUCUGAUGAAAAUGCGGCAACAUAUUAUUCCACAUAAGCAACAUAAAUACAUACUCUAGUGUUUGCGUUUUGUUGAUGUUUUCAGCUUCUCUUUAGUAUCUCCUUUUUGUGUCUGCUCUUCAGCAAUAUUUUCUAAGGCACCUAGAGUCCAAGUGUUCGUUUCCGGGACUGUACUCAUUGGUACAAUAUGUGCUUCCCAACGUGUAUUAGAAAGACAUUUUAAUACUCCAUCAUUGCCUAAGUAUGUUUUAAGAGCUGCCCAUCAGUGGGUAGAGGCAGCAAAAAUGUAUAAAGCAACUGAAUGGUAGAAAAAAAAAAUCAACUGCUUCAGGACAACAAUCUACUGUGCUACGUCCUACAAGAUUAAGUGAAUAUGCAGCACAUGGUAUGAAAAUGUCAUAUUCAUUACAUUCUAAAAUUUCCUGUUCCAUGCCUUUAUAAUGCCCUGACAUAUUGGCAACAUUGUCAUAGGAGUGGCCUCUGCACUUAGAAAAAUCAAUUUUGCAAACUUAGUGACGAACUUGGGAAAAGGAUUCAAGACAGCAGCCUAGUCAGACGCACCACUCUGUGCCUCUACAGCAAAGACCCGAGAAACACAGUAUAACAGAUACAGAGGACAAUCCUGGAACACUAAGCAUCAAAUGAAAGGACAUAGAAUUAGAUCAAACACUGACUAGAAAAAGAAACCAAAUGACAGCAGCGAACAGAGAAAGAUAUGGAGCAGAGGUGACCCUCCAGCUGGUCUGGCACAGUGGGGCCAGCAGCAUCUCUGGGUGAGGAAUAUAGGAAGACAAUGUCACAGAACUCCCAACAGGAGACAGAGAAACUACAAAAACAAACCUAGAGUGAAGCAAGUUGAGCAGGACAUGAGGUGAAGCUAAGGAGGAAAAGCAAAGGAAAGAGGAUGAGAGCUUCAGAGACAGGACCCAGAGACAGGGUGACACUCCGUGGCGGUACCCAACCAGUAGGGUGGGUGGCAAACACAGAGCAAUAGACAAGCCCCUCCUUUUUUCUUUUUUCUUUUUCCACCUCCCUGGCUAGAGAAAGCACCUGCACACACACCCCAGCUACCUGCCCCCCCUCCCACUGAAGAGAAUUCCUGCGUGCCCUCUGGCAGUCUGCCCACCUCCCCCCAGCCAGAGA